AUGCGUGAAGGAAAACCAUCAUUCCGAGAUUACAGUGCAGUAAAAAAUGAAUUUCUUAACGUGACUUUACCGUUUUUCCAAGUUACAACAACCACAUCCGUCCCUUCACCAACCGUGAAUCCGCUAUCAACAUCAGGUUGUCAUUAUCAUACUGACUGCAGUGGACACAUAUGUUCCUCUGAUAAACACCCUUACUGCAAAUUCGACGAAUAUUCAACAAUAUGUCACUGCACAGUUUGUACAGAACACAAGCAUUGUAUUUGCCCCGAAGGACUGAUUGGUCUAUGUUACUUUGAUAUUGAACACAAGAAUUACAGCUGUAGUUGUAGACUAGCACCAGAUACAACCACGACAGUUUCAAAAUCAUCAACAUCAAAAUCUGUACCGACAACAACAUUACAAUCCAUUUCUGUGUCUUCAAAGUCAACAACUAAUUAUACACCAAUCCCGACAACAACCCAAUCAUCCACAGUUUCAUCAACGACAACAUCAAAAUCCACUACUAGAAUUGUAUCUACUGCAUCUUCUUCAUCUGUUUCCUCAUCAACUUCAGCAGCCUCACCAACAUCAAAUUCAGCAAUAUCACCAACAUCAACUUCAGUUCCUUCCACAAAUCCAGGCACACCUUGUCCAUCUUGUGAUGAUGACCUUAACUGUGUUUGGAACACGACAUGCUCUACAUCUCAAUGCUGCAUGGCGAGGUCUCCAGACCACGGAUUUCGAUUCACAGUACACUGUGUUCAAAGGGAAGACUGUCGUUACAUGAAAACAACUUCGGGGAAUGCCGAAAUAUACUGUUGUGAUGACAGAGACUGCCUCAGGAAGUUUGUUGGAAUAUAAAUGUUAUAAUUCUCUGACUGAUGUAAUCAAUAAAGGGAAAAAAAGGAGAAAAGGUACAAUUUCAACCCAAAGAGAGAGUGAGAGAGUUUAAAGUGUUUAAUAUUUCAACAAGUUCAAAAGACAGAAAGUAAUCAAUUAGAAUACUCGAAAUUGUUUUCCUGUU